AUGUAUUUUCUUCUCUGUUUUUGUGAAAUCUCAAGUGUCUUUUGGGACGUAGAGGACUGCCCAAUCCCUGAUGGUGUCGAUCCUGAUGAGAUAUGUAUGAGCAUGUUAAGUCAGCUCUUGCGGAUAAAGGGUCACGUUGGUGAGGUCUCAUUCUCGACUUAUUGUGAUAAAAAUAAGAUCAUCGAUGACUUCAAACUUCACCAUAUCCCCUUGGUGCCCGCAGGGGAUAAAUCUGCGAGGUUGAGUAAAAUGAUAACCGACAUUUUUGACUGGGCACUAAACAAUCCUGUGGACUAUCCUCAAGUAACACCAAUGUGA